GCAGUUGGGUUCUGACAUUUUCAGAUGUGAACAUAUUCAAACAGAUAAAAUAUAAAACACUUGGGGAGGAAGGAAGGAAGUUCAGAACCCGCUCUGGAUGCCUUUGCAGGGAAUGUGGUGGUGGAUUUGCUGUAGACAUGGGUUCACCCUCCUGGGCAGAGACUAUGGGGAGAAGGAGGAAGAAGAGGAAUCAUUUGAGAUGAAGAGUGCUUCUGAUGUUCAGAUUUGCAGUAGACAAGGGACCCUGGAUGUUGGUGUGACCCAGCCUGUCCAUGUGUCCAAUGGAUCAGACAGGCUUUUACAUGCCUUGGAAGAAAAACACAGCCUGAUUACACAGCCCGACAAGGUUACAUACAAGGACGAUCAAGAUGUAAUUGUUAAAGGUUGGCUGCAACGGGAAGUGAAUGGAGGAGUUAAGACUCCCUGGUCUAGAUUAAAGAAGUUCUGGUUUGUACUAACUCCUGACUCCCUGGACUAUUACAACAGCAAUGAGAAGUCCAGCAAACGCGUGGGGAGCCUCGUGCUUACCAGCUUGUGCUCUGUGAUUUGGCCAUCUAAACAGAGUUACAAAGAAACAGGGUACUGGAAUGUUACAGUGUAUGGAAGAAAACAUUGUUAUCGGUUAUAUACAGAGCACUUAAAUGAAGCUGUACAUUGGGUGUGUGCCAUCCAGAAAGUGAUUGACAGCAAAGCUCCUUUGGAAACCCCCACACAACUUCUCAUUAAAGACAUUGAUGAAAAUCACUGCAAUCAAGAAUCUGUGGAUGAAAUCUACAAAUUAAACCCCAUUCUACGGCACACAAAAAGUCCUCUGUAUGCCCCCCUUUUACCCUUUUCGUACGGAUCCGAAGAUCAUUCCACUCAUAAUGUCAACGGUUACACGGCUCUCCGGGAUGAGGCUGUCAAGAUCUUUAACUCUCUUCAGCAGAUGGAGAAUGAACGAGAUCCUAUUCCCCUGAUACAGGGAGUUCUUCAGACCUGUCUGGACCUGCGGCCUCUGAGAGAUGAGGUUUACUGCCAAGUCAUCAAGCAAACCACGGACCCUCCUGAGCCUGGAAGCUUAAAUGACCUAAGAUAUUGGCAGUUACUUACCUGCAUGAGUUGCACUUAUCUACCUAGUCCUGCUGUGCUUCGUUUCCUCCACACUCAUUUACAGAGAACUCAAGAACUGUUCCCUGACACAGAAAUGGAGAAGUAUGCAGAAUUCAUCCUAGUAUCCCUUGAUAAAACAAAGCAGCGGGAGUUUGUCCCAUCCUACGAUGAGAUCUCUGUAUUGAUCAACAGAGAAGAACUGUCCUGUAUGGUCUAUUAUCCUGGAGCAGGCACCUGCAAAGUGCAGAUCACUUCACAUACCACAGCUGAAGAGCUGGUGCAGGAACUGACUGACAAACUUAAUCUGAGUAACAGCCAUAAUGUCUUUGCCCUGUAUGAACAGAACAGCCAUUACGAGCAGGCCCUCAGCAAACCUACCAUCAUUGCCGAUACUCUCACCAGGUUUGAAAACCUGUCCUGCAAAGAAAAAGGAUUUGAAUCACGAUGGAGACUUUACUUCAAGCUCUACUGUUUCCUUAAUAUUGAAGAUGUAGCCAAAGACAGCCUAGAAUACUCCUUUCUCUUCGAGCAGGCACACGAGGCAGUUAUACGAGGGUACAUGCCAACCAACGAGGACACGUUGCACUCACUGGCAGCUUUACGUCUCCAGUUCCUAAAUGGUGACUUUUCCCCCCAUGCCCCCUUCCCUCGACUAGAAGAAUUGUUCCCCAUCUAUAUACUUCACUCUCGGAUUUUGUCCUCAACUAAACCUUCAAUCACAUCCAGAACUUCCUGCACUAGUUUCCAAAAAGGAAUUUUCUCAAAGGCUCUUCCUAAUGGGCUGUGGAACAACUCCUUGGAAAAGCAGAAAGCAGAGGAGAGCCAGAAGUUCAAGGGACGUAUGAAAGAGGAGAGUGCCAACAUGAUGUCUGCAAUUGUAGAAAAAUGGAAGGUCCUGCACAGUAUGCAGAAGACAGAGGUCAUGACCUCAUAUCUGUCUAUUGUAAAGCAGUGGUCGGGCUAUGGCUCCACAUUAUUUGAUAUUGACUUCUACAUGAGCUCAUCUGGGAGUUUUUUUCAACGCCUCUGGCUUGGCAUCAGUGCCUCGUCCCUUUGCCUCUACAAACAGGGAGAAAUGGAGCCCUUUGAAAAUGUUCUGUACAGUCAGAUAUCAUCAUUUGGUGUUUCAGACAGUACCACCUUUAAAGUGUCAGCGGGGGAGAAAGACAUGAUAUUUGAAACCACUAAGGUGGAUGAAAUUACCCAGCUAAUUAACACAUACCUGAUGUGCAUCAGUAAUGGACAUUGCUCCACUAUGGGGAGUAACAGUGUUGCAUUUCACAGUCAAGAAGAAGCAGUGCAAAACUGACCCUGUUAUGGUUUGCAUAAUUUCCCCUAAGGGCAACUUUUAGGCAUGGCUAUUACUUAUGGCCCUUAUGAAUCAGCAGCAGCAUUAUACCUGGACAUCGAAUAUGGAUGUGCCUCUACAGGAGAUUAUAAAGAUGUGGAAACAGUAUUUUGCUGCAAUCAAACUUCUAUUCCCCAAACCAAAAAUGUGUCUUUUCUCUUCCUCUACCAUAUAGAUGCCUUUGGAUAAGGAUUUUUGCCUAAUUUUGUCAGGAUAAUCGUCAAACCAUUAGAAGGCAAAAAAUCCAAUCAACACAUUUGUGCAUUUUCACUCAUUGCAUACUGUAAGACAGUUUUAUUUCAAUUUUCAAUCCAGUUACCGACACAGGAUGCUAAGUUCUCCAGUUGUCUGCUGCAGUGUUUUUUGUUGUUUUGUGUAUCAAACUGUACAUUUAUUCUCUGGAUCCAGA